AGACAAACGUGCUAGAUCAACCUCCACGUAGGCAGGGAAUCGAGGUGGGGCGUCUUCCCUGCAUGAGGAAUUCGCAUGCAGAAGAGACUCUUGGGCUAGUGCAGUCCUUUUGAUCAGGCUGUUAGAUAGCAAAAGUCCUCUGGUCGAGGCUGGUCGAGGCGCCAGAAAGAUUCUUCUUCAGUGUAGCUGUAAGCAUUGACCUUCAAUGGGGGCGGUCAGCUUGCCAAUCCAUCUGCCGGCAGGCAACUGGACAGGACUGUCUCCUGCGCGCCAGGAUCUUCUUCCCAGCAAUCUGCAGCUCUCAGGCUCAUUGGGGGUUCAGUCUGCUCGCAUAUGGAGCAAGAAUGCAGUUCGCAAGCCCAUGCGCUUCCAUAAGCGCAGACAGAUAGAAGCGGUGCAAGACAUGCAGGUUACAUCAUCUCCAGCGUCCCCUCAAAAUGUGACUGGGAAGGGAGAAAGCGCAGGGUGGGGGAACGGGCGUUUGUUGCCGACUAUAGAGUCGACACGAACUCCACACAGUGGGUAUCACUUUGACGGCUCCAGCCGGCGCUUCUUUGAGGGCUGGUACUUCCGCGUCUCGAUCCCCGAGGUGCGCCAGAGCUUUGCCUUCAUGUACUCCAUUGAGGACCCCGCCGGCCGGCCCGCCUCACUCCUUUCCCUCGGGGACAAGCACCGCUUCUCUGCGGCCGGGGCGCAGAUCUUGGGGCCUGACGAUGAGUAUAUUUGUCAGUACGAAACGGACGUGUCAAGGUUCUGGGCAAGCAAACGGGACCUUUCAUUGGGCAACACUUUCAGAGCGACGCCAGCAUAUCAAGGCAGGGAGCCUCUGGACGGUCCUACUUCAACCGCGGACUUCUCCGCCCGUGUCGCUGAUGGCUUCCAGAUCACCCCCACCUUCCACCAAGGUCACAUACGCCACAACAACCAGCCCCCAAACGGCCUCGAAGAGUGGAGAAUCGUUCCCGAAGUCAGCUGGGACUACCAGAUUCGGCCAAUCUACGGAUGGGGGGACACGGGCGCCCCCCAGAAAGCCACAGCGGGAUGGUUGGCCGCGCUUCCUGUGUUCGAGCCGCACUGGCAAGUGAACCUGGCGCACGGAUUGGCGAGCGGGUGGUUGCAGUGGGGGGAGCGGCGGUUUGUGUUCCAGAACGCGCCGGCGUAUGCCGAGAAGAACUGGGGCGGGGCGUUUCCGCUGAGGUGGUUCUGGGUCCAAUGUAACGUGUUCAACGAAACAGACGACCUUGCAAUCACUGCUGGGGGAGGGCGACGCGGCCUGCCGCUACUGCCUGACGUGUCCGAAGAAGUCGCCAUGCUCGGCGUGCACCAUCAGGGGCGGCAUUACGAGUUCAUUCCGUGGGUGGAGGACGGGUCCGUCUCGUGGGAAAUUGAGCCCUGGGGGCGGUGGCACAUGACCGGCAAGCGAGCGGACUAUGAGAUUGAGAUCCUGGCGACCACGAGUGAGGCGGGCUGCGUGUUGAGGGCGCCCACGGUCGACAAGGGGCUGGCACCUUUCUGUCGAGACACGUUCUUUGGGCAACUGGAGUUGACAAUAUGGGAGCGCAAGGGAAAGAUGCGCGGCAAGGUUAUUGUGCACGCCACGAGUAGCAUGUGCGCUCUUGAAGUUGGGGGCGGACCGUGGUGGCAAACAUGGAAAAAGACGGCCCGGUACGAGGAGCCGGUGAGGUCACUUAUGGACCUUCCGCUAGGGAACGUUUUACAAGCGAUACCACCGAAUCUGCAGCCUCCGGGCCUCUAGAGUCCACAGACGUUCUAGGAAUCAGGUUUGUAAAGCAGUGAUGUUGUCAAUUUUGCGGUUUGUAUAGUUCCACACGUUGAGUUGUACAGCAUGCGAGGGCUGGGCAAUGUUGUUGCGUAGACGGAGGAGUAUCUUUCCGGAGGAAGUUUUUCUGUAUAUUUGAGAAAGUCAUACAGAUGAGUUUCAGGAAGCUGGCCGCAAGCACGUACUUCGUCUUGCACCGAGUUUCUUGGGCUACUCGGUUGCCGGUGUACCUUGACCAAUAGUUGUUUAUUAAAAGGUGGUAAGAACUGUCUGAAGGCCGGAUCAAGCACGCUGGUGGAGCCGUAUAUAUUACUUGACCAAUUUCGAGUUUUCGACCCACUUUUACAAGUCAUGCAU